AAUAGGAAGUGGCCAUAAAAAGUGUAUCCUGCCGCCUACUGCUGCUGCCUACUGCUGCUGCCUACUGCUGCUGCUGCCGCCUACUGCUGCCGCCUACUGCUGCCGCCUACUGCUGCUGCCGCCUACUGCUGCUGCUGCCGCCUACUGCUGCUGCCUACUGCUGCUGCCUACUGCUGCCGCCUACUGCUGCCGCCUACUGCUGCUGCCGCCUACUGCUGCUGCUGCCGCCUACUGCUGCUGCCGCCUACUGCUGCUGCUGCCGCCUACUGCUUUGCUGCCGCCUACUGCUGCCGCCUACUGCUGCUGCCGCCUACUGCUGCUGCCGCCUACUGCUGCUGCCGCCUACUGCUGCCUACUGCUGCCGCCUACUGCUGCUGCUGCUGCCUACUGCUGCCGCCUACUGCUGCUGCCGCCUGCUGCUGCUGCCGCCUGCUGCUGCUGCCGCCUACUGCUGCCGCCUACUGCUGCCUACUGCUGCUGCCGCCUACUGCUGCUGCUGCUGCCUACUGCUGCCGCCUACUGCUGCUGCUGCCUGCUGCUGCUGCAGUCAUUUAACCAUUCAUUGUAG